GCGGGAGUCUGUGCGUGAGGUCGGAGGGGCGCUCCCCGAGUGGGGAGUGGGUGCUGAGAAAGCCGAUGCGGCAGGCCUGGAUUGGACUGGGUGGAAUGGGCCGAAAAGCAUUGAGGACGGAGGGGCGGAGACAAAAAUAUGAAAAGGACGCCUCCCAGCCCUGGAAAGCCCAGUGCCGGCAGCGCUGGUAUAAUGUGGGCAAGAGGGUGCCACGGUGGGCAAAUACCUUGGGAUGCACAGAACACCUUCCUGUCCUUCUGGCUAGAAAUAAAGAGCCCAACCCUUGAACUCCAUGCGUCACACCCUGAGUUGAUCUCAUUUAACUCUUACAACCUGUAAAGGCGUCACCAUACCUGUUUACAGGUGAGGAAAAUGCUCAGAGAAGUGAAGUGACUUGCCCAAAACCACCCAGACCUCCUUGCUCCGAAGACCCUGCUUUUUUUUCCUGCACUGCAGGGAGGCAGAGGUUUAGUCUAGAAUGGGUGGCAGGGAAGAAAAAGAAGUUGAUGCCCUGCCCUUCUCAGUUUGUGUGACUGGACCAGCUUCCUCAGCCCUUCUGAAUGCCAACCUGUAAGGCAAUGCUUCUGUGGUUGUGAGGAUGAAAUGAGAUGGAUUUAAAAGACCUUUGUUUAUAAAUUAUAAUUGUUAGGAGCAGGAAAACCAUAAGGAAGAGAGUGGUUGAAAUAGGGUGCUUCUGCCUGAGGAAAAUUCCAAGAUGAAGCCUGAGAGUGAGCUGAGAGAAUGAAAGAACAUUCUGGAACAGGAUGGGGAAUGAAAAUGGUUGUUGGGACUCUGUAACAGGACUACUGCCCCGCACCCCAGCCUCCUGCCAUGUCCGACCCCAUCACACUGAAUGUUGGGGGAAAGCUCUACACAACGUCACUGGCAACCCUGACCAGCUUCCCCGACUCCAUGCUGGGUGCCAUGUUCAGCGGGAAGAUGCCCACCAAGAGGGACAGCCAGGGCAACUGCUUCAUCGACCGUGACGGCAAAGUGUUUCGCUACAUCCUCAACUUCCUGCGGACCUCCCACCUGGACUUGCCCGAGGACUUCCAGGAGAUGGGCCUGCUCCGCAGGGAGGCCGACUUCUACCAGGUGCAGCCGCUGAUUGAGGCACUGCAGGAGAAGGAGGUGGAGCUCUCCAAGGCCGAGAAGAAUGCCAUGCUCAACAUCACGCUGAACCAGCGCGUGCAGACGGUGCACUUCACCGUGCGGGAGGCCCCGCAGAUCUACAGCCUCUCCUCCUCCAGCAUGGAGGUCUUCAACGCCAAUAUCUUCAGCACCUCCUGCCUCUUCCUCAAGCUCCUCGGCUCCAAGCUCUUCUACUGCUCCAAUGGCAAUCUCUCCUCCAUCACCAGCCACUUGCAGGACCCCAACCACCUGACUCUGGACUGGGUGGCCAACGUGGAGGGGCUCCCAGAGGAGGAGUAUACCAAGCAGAACCUCAAGAGGCUCUGGGUGGUGCCAGCCAACAAGCAGAUCAACAGCUUCCAGGUCUUCGUGGAGGAGGUGCUGAAAAUCGCCCUGAGUGACGGCUUCUGCAUUGAUUCUUCUCACCCCCACGCUCUGGAUUUUAUGAACAAUAAGAUUAUUCGAUUAAUACGGUACAGGUAAAAAAAAAAACCCCGCUACAUUGGAGGGGGGCUCCCAAGAAGCUCCAUGUCAGCGUAUCUCACCGGUGGCCUAAGGCAGGGCACGAGACUAAUGUGUAGGAAUCGCAGCAGGACUUGUCCCCCACCCCCCACAAUGCAGUCCACCUGUAGGAAUCCAUGUGUCCUCUCAACAGAGCCACGUUUUUUCUUGCCAUUUUGAGCUAGAGAUGGGCAGUCUGUAUGGCAAGUGAAGAAUCUGCCGAUGUGUCCUAAAAGAGGCCACAGGAGGACUUUUCUGGCUGGACAGAGGAGCAGCGGUUUUGUCAUGGGCUCCUUCUCUCUUUGUACCACUAGGCAGUGCCUCACUCAGCCAUCUGUAAUAAGAUGCCCUGGUGGAGGGGAUGGAGUGAAAACAAGAUGCUCCCUUCAGUUUCCCAGGACAGAAGGUACCCAGAGAUUUCCAUCACACCUGCUCUUCUGGCCAGAAGAUGUGGCCAGGACCUUGGAUUUUUUGCCUGAGGGCGACCGUGUUUGACUGGCUUGGAAAUGCAGUAUGUCCUAGAGCUCUGUUACUGUUCCCCUUUGGGGGACAGAUUUGACUUGCGGCAUGGCCUAGAGGAGUGAGCAUCCAGGCAGGAUUCAGAAGACGGGGCCAUCCCUCUUGAGUAGGUCAAAUUUAAGCAUUUGGGAAUUUCUGGCUUCAGAAAUGGCUGCUGUGCCUGUGAAGGUUUGAAAAUCUGGGGCCAGUGCAAUGAAAGGCACUUCAUAUGGUGGCCUGUUACCUGACUUUUGUAAUCCUUUCCCCAAGGAUUUAAGAUAUCAUUGAAACAAGUCAUUUUAAACAUUGUGGAUUCUCAGGGUUGGAAAAUAAUUCAAUGGUCACUUAGUCCUCCCCCACCCCAGCAUACCCCAGUGCAUCUGGGGAUGAGUGCCUGUCCCCAGUACCUCCUAGCGAUCACCUAUCCCUGCCUGCAUAUCUCCAGUGACGGGAAGCUCAUCACUCCCAAGGCAGCCCUUGCCGUGGUUGGCUGGUGUUGGCUGUUAGAAAGUUCUUUCUUAUAUUGAGCCAAAAUCUGUCCUUCCAUUCCCAUUUUCUGGUCUGGUUCUUCUCACCCCAAUGUGUAUUUUCUCUUUCAAAAUAGUCACCUUGAGAGACCACACUCAUUCUGAAAAUAUUAUUAGGAUUCCCCCUUGGGAUCUGUCUUCAAAACCAAGGUUGGCCCUCUUCCAACCCCAUUUUAUUAUGGCUUCACCUCCUUUGUGACCCCCACCUUCUUCAACAGUCACAACUCUAUGACCAUCUUCUGUUGGAGGAUGAAGAUUUGCUGCCCCCAAGGAAGUGCUGCCAGAGGAAACAGACGAGGGUCUCAAAGGGCAGGAUGCAGCGAGGAGCUCAGGAGUGCUCUAAACCAUAACGCUGCCCUUGGCGUAGGUGUCCAGACGCUAAGACACUGCUCUGAAGGAGGUGCCCUUUCCCUGGAGUGCUGUUUCUGCUCAUGAGCAGACCAUGGACCUACAUAGGGUGAGAUCCAGGGCGAGACACCCCAACCCACCACUGCCUUCCCAGGGUGUGAUGAGCAGUGCAGGCCGCACACUUGUACAGUAUGAUUCGUCCCUAGGGUGGGGACGGCCUUGGGAGUCUCCAGGUCCUCCCUACUGGCCAGGAACCCUCAGACAGAGCCAGGAAAGCCUGGUGACACAAGCGCCCAUGGGAGACGGGCCAAGGAUGGGGCUCCCCAUAGUUGUGCCCUGUGAGUACGGAGCUUGUACACUGGGCUGUGGGCAAGGCCACAUCCCUUAGGUAAUAAAGGCCUGUUCUGCCUACAGUGGGACCCCGGAGUCUCUGACAGCUGUCCUAGGCCACCAGGGCAAUGGUACUCGAAGCUGUGACCACAACCAAACAGUUUAAGGAAGAAAUCUUGUAAAUUACCACUGCCGUUUCUUCCUCUCCAUAAAAUUCCCUUUCUCCAUCUUUUCGGUGCUUCUUAAUUCAAGCAGCUUAACUUUAGAGAAACUACAGGACCUAUGAUGCCACUAAUGUGCUGUAUGACUUUAUGCAAGUCACUCACCUUACUGAGCCACCUCCAUUUCUUCAUCUGUGAAAUGGGCAUAACAGUAAUACAUAACCCUACCUACCUCACAGGGCUGUUGUGAGGAUCAAAUGAAAUAAUGUAUGUGAGAAUACCAUAUAAAUGAUACACAGUUGUUAUUACUUUGUGUCUGCUUUAUAAGGGAAAAAACCCUGGCCUUGGAGUCAGACUAACCCUGGGUUUGAAUUCUGGCUUCAUCACUUGCUGUGUAACCUUAGACCUCUCUGAUUUGUUUCCUCAUCAGAAAACAACCCCACCUCCCAGUGUUACGAAACUUAA